CGAGAGACAGUGAUAGGAAGACCGUAACCGGGAGAGAAACGCAUCCGAGACUCAAUACUCAGACGUGAAGUUGUUGUGUUUUUUUUUUGCUGCCGCCAUGAAAGCCAUCAGUCCCGUGCGUUCGGUGAGGAGCUGUUACAAAGCCGUGUGCUGUAUCUCGGAGCAGAGUCUCGCCAUCAGCAGGAAUAAUAAUAAUAACAAUAAACACUCGUGUCUGGAGGAGCCGGUGGGUGCCCUUUGCGACAUGAACGACUGUUACUCCAAACUGAAGGAGCUGGUGCCGAGUAUUCCGCAGAACAAGUCCGUGAGCCAAGUGGAGAUCCUGCAACAUGUUAUCGACUACAUCUUCGACUUGCAGAUCGCGCUGGAGGCGGAGGACACAUCUGCGCCGGAGAUGGUUUUGUCAAUAAAGACUGCGGACCUCACACGUAAUUUCUCCAAAGAAGAAGGGCGAUUGUGCCAUUAAGAGGACGAUCAAACAAUGUGGUGCAGGGAAACACAUGUCUCCACUUCACUCCGGGCAAGAGGACAAGAGGGGCAAAAAAAAAAAAAAAAAAAAAAAAAAAAAAGAAGGGUGGGAUAGGUAUUUGGAGAAAAGGAGAAGAGAGGAGGGCGGUGGAGGGUUUAAAGAAAGAAAGAAAGAAAUAGAAAAAAGUGGACUGUUUCCUAUGAGUGCGGAUCAACAGCAGUGCAUGAACAGAAAACAGAGACUCAUUCUUUUUGGCCCCUGGACAAGCAAACCAACACACCAAAGCAGCAAGAAGCCAGGAUUGGAAACUGAAAGCAAACCAGCUUUGUGUGCCCUCCUCCUCCAAAAAAGAAAAAAAAAAAAAAACCCUGGGAUUCCCUAUAAGAAGAAGUAGAAAUAGACAUAUUUUUUUGUGUUGCAUUCCAAAAAACACACAAACAUCAUCUCACAUAGUUUAUCCCUGACAUGUCCACCCUGAGUAUAGUUUUCUAAUGAUCUGGAGACUGUUACAGCUUCAUAUGAAUGUGUACAUAUCUGCAGUGAGUAUGUAAGAAGAUGUGAGUUAAUUUGGAUGUUUUUUUUUUGUUUUUUUUUUCUGAAUGGAUUUUGGGUUUUCUUAGGUAUAAUCAGAACUCUAUAAUAGAGUUAAUUGUAAGUGUUUGUAGGGAGUGUGUUAUUUCUACAGACAAUGUGCACUGGGUUUUAUAAACUCAUUUAUUAUUAUCAAGUGUGAUUUGUAUGUACGUAUGUUCUUAUGUAAUGAAAUAAACAGAAAAUGUGAAAC